AUGACGUCCCCCAAUACAGAUACUAUCAACUAUUUUAAGCACAAGCCGUCCACGAUAACACCUAAGAUGCCGAUAAGCGGUGAAUCGAUAUCAAAAAUCGGGUACUUUAUUUUGCAAAUCGCGACAUGGGAUAAGGGUACGGCUAAUGUUGGAGUAAGGGCAAGGACUAAUAGUGCUAGCCGAAAGAUUUUAACCGAAAGAGCUUUCGCAUUCUAUAAUAAUUCCACGGAAAAAUUUAACUUACAUUUGAAUGAUCCCAAUAACGGACCCAAUCAAGCACCGAAUGCUUUCGUUUUGGAGAUCAAGCAAUUUUCAACGAAAACAGAUUUGUAUGCUCACUUUCAGAAGUUCGGUCCUAUAUAUUCAUUGAAAAUUCACCCGGGAAGAGCUUAUAUCCAAUAUUUCCAUAAAACUGACGCUGAGCAAGCAUUGGAUAAAAUGCCGAAAAUUCCAGAACAGAGUGUAACGCCUAGCAACGGUGUUCACGAUACUCAACAUGAGGAAAUAGAACUGUUUCUCGAGUCUCUUAAGAAUAAACCAACUUUGGAGCAAAAACAAAAAUUGGGCGAUAAACUCUUCCCAAAAGUUAAAGCCACAGUCAAGAGUCUUGGAAUGAAAGCUCAAGCAAGCAAGGUAACAAUCAUUCUUCUCGAUACCGAUGAUCUCCGUGAAUUGGCUCAUUCGAUGAACGAUCCAGAAAGAUUUAAAGUAAAAGUUGAAGCUGCAGUGGCAAAAAUUGCUUCCGGUUCCAUUGCUGCCAAAUAA